GAUCUAUGAAUUAUUGAAGGUUAGAGAGAGAGAGAGAGAGAGAGAGAGAGAUGGGGGACCCUGAAAACAACAACAAAGACAACAGUAAGAUAGGCUACAAGGUGGUGACCCAACAAAUGCACAGGACCAUUGAUUUUGGAACAAUGGUGAAGAUUAUUAGUCCUCCGGUUCCUCUCCCUACCUCUAACCUGGGAACCCACGUCUAUAUUUCCAAUCACACCCCACUACCUGGCUAAAAUUUCUAGCCUUUGGUUUCAAUGUGCAAUUUUAUUCCCCUUUUGUCCCUCUCCCUAGCCUAUCAGGUUCAGCUAUUAUCCUGGAUGGUGAUCUAGGGUUUUGACGAUUUUGUUGUGACCCGCAAAAGCAGCAUUUGGCUGUGGUUGCCUUUUUUACCGUCAUGGAAGCUUUUGGAAGUUUUGGGCUCAGUGAUAAAAACAGCACCGUGAGGAAGAAGAGGAGUAAUACGUUCCGUCGUCCUCGAAAUGAAUCACAGCUACCUCCAGAUUACCGUGAUAUUUCUUCCUUAUCAUCCACACCACCUUCAGAUAAUGCGAGCAAAGUAUCAAGCGAUGAGAAUAAUGAUUAUGGUUCGGUUCCUCAUACGAAAGAUGUCAAUUUGAACCUAUGCAGCUCAAGUCUGAUCAAUAAUGAAAAUGGAGGAGGAUUCGGAGAAUCUGAUGAAGCUUCCAUGAAUGGUUCUUUCCGAGGAAGUAAUAAACAAAAACAUAGUGCAGUUGAUUCCAAAAGACACAGUGAAGGUGUUCUUGCACCAGCCGAUUGGAAAGGUACGAGCAAGGUGGUGCAUUUUGGAGUUGUUUCAGCUGGCUUAGAAAAUGAUAACAAAGUGAAAAAGGUUAAGCUUAAAGUUGGAGGUGUCAUACGUACAAUUCAUGCAAAGUCAGUAACAGAUGGUGCAUCUGGUGUUGGCUUUCUUUCUACGAAAGCUUCUCGUGUUUCAGGUGCCCCACGGCCAAAGCAGAAGCUGAUUACUCAGGACAAUUCAGAUGAUGACAAUCAAUCUUUUACUCCAGAUAAGAGGAAUCACUUACGAGGGGUUCCAAGGAAGGAUUUCCCCAGGUAUGUUUUCAAUGUUGGAGAAGGUGAUUCUUCAAGGAAUAGGAUACCUGAAGGAAAUAUAUCCACAAACCAAGAUGAUAAAUAUGAGCCUAUUCGCAAGAGCAAACGGAUCUCUAAGAGACUCGUGGUGGAUGAAGCACUUGGUGAUGGAGAUGAUGAUGAUGAUGAAAUUAGAUACCUUGAAAAACUCAAAACAUCCAAGGCUACCAUGGAUUACAGUGUGGAGUAUGAAGAUUACAAGGAAGGAGGGAAUGGGAAGCAACGGAAGAUAUCAAGGGCAGUGAAAAGUAACGUUGAUGGAGAAUUGGAUGUUGAUGUGGAUGGUCAUCAUCCAUCGAGAUCAGGCAAGGAGGGUAAGAAAACUCGGUUUCGGAGGAUAUUUGAAGAUACUGAUUAUGUAGAAGAGGAAGAUCCAAUCUCAGAUGGUGAGGCCAACUCUAAUAAAAAGAAAACAAAAAUGGAGUUUGUUGAUUUAUUGGGUGAUAAUAAGAAGGAAAUGACAGUCACUACGCGUCAACGGGCCCUUCAAACUGGCAAAGAUGUCUCUUCCAGCUUUGGUGCAAGUCUAAUUGAGUUCCCAAAUGGCUUGCCACCUGCUCCACCUAGGAAGCAAAAAGAGAAACUUUCUGAAGUGGAGCAGCAGUUGAAGAGAGCCGAGGCCCUUCAGAGACGUAGGAUGCAAGUGGAGAAGGCAGCUAGGGAAUCUGAGGCUGAGGCGAUUAGAAAAAUCUUGGGCCAAGAUUCAAGUAGGAAGAAGAGGGAAGAUAAGGCAAAGAAAAGGCAGGAAGAAUUGGCACAGGAGAAGGCUGCAAAUUCUAUGGUACUUGCAUCAGACUCUGUUAGAUGGGUGAUGGGUCCCUCAGGAACUGUUGUUACAUUUCCUGAUGAAAUGGGCUUGCCAACUAUAUUUGAUUCCAAGCCUUGCAGUUAUCCCCCUCCCCGUGAGAAAUGUGCCAGGCCAUCUUGCACAAACCCAUACAAGUACCGGGAUUCCAAGUCGACUCCCUUGUGCAGUCUCCAGUGCUACAAGGCAAUAAAUGAAAAGAUGCAGCCUUUAACAGCCUGCUAAUCAGGCGGAUUUGGCCAUAUGGCCUAAUGUGUAUCAGUGUGGGGGUAUUCUUGCACUGCUGUCUGUAUUUUGCAAUUAGAUUCAAUCCUGUCACCGCUAGUUGUUUGUGAUUUCCCUAAUAGCAGAUCAAAUUUCUGU